AUGCAGCAAGACGAUGGCCAGGAGAAAGCCCAGCAGUUGCAAAACUUUCAAUCAGAUGACCUGCUGGAAAAACUAAAGUUACUAAACUACGAAAAGCAUUUGCUAAAGGAAUACAAACUCAAGCCUUUGUCGCGUUUCUAUUUCGUAAAGGCCACGAAUCCCGGCGAGCAGUUCUAUAUGUUUACUUUAAUAUGCUGGUGGCUGUGUAAGAAACUUGGAAAGGAUAUGGAGCGACCGCAGGAAUACGAUGAUCCCAAUACUGUGGCAGCCAAUAUCAUUAAAAUGCUGGGGGAGAUUGAUGUCCCCGUGGACUUUCAACCCAACAAACUAAUCCGUGGAGCCGGACCCAUUUGCCUGAUGGUCUUGGACGUCCUCUCCACGCAGGCCUGCAAAGUGGCCAAAGUGGGCUACCAAAAACUGCACAUCGCCCAGGAGGAGGAGUUUCUGGGCGAUUAUCUCGAGGACAAUGCGGAGAUUAUAUUGGAGAAACUGGAAGAUGAGCAGAACGCAGCCGCCUUGAGUGAUGACAGCGACAUGGAGUUGGAGGCGCAUAAUUUUAGGCAACUCAACUGGCUAAAUCGACCACAGAAAAAAUCCAUUGGUGAUGUUAAUCUCGAUGAGCGAAACCAGGAGUUGGAUGCCCGGAUGAGCGAUCAUCAGGAGUGGCGCCUGGAAUUGGAGAGGGUUCUGCCGCAUCUCAAAGUUUUUGUCAAAGCCGAUGCUCGCGACUGGAGAACCCACAUCAGUCAGAUGGAGGCCUUUGCAGCGAGUAUAUCCGAAACCUCGGAGACCAUCGAGUCUCAACUGAAGAAACUACACAGCGAGUUCACUUUCAGCUUGGAAAAAAUCGAGAGUCGCGAGAAACACUUGAAUAAUGAGCUCCAGCCCCUGAUUCAGCAGUUCAAGGAACUUUCUAUUGAGCUGUCCACCAUUCAGUAUGCCCAAAACCAAUUGCAGGCGGAUACGGAGAAGCAGAUGGCAGAGCUCAACGAGGUCAUGAUGGAGCAGGAGCUCAAAAAGGAGGAAAUGGAGCGACGUGGACAGGUCAUGUCCGAUGGCAGUUCGGUGCAGCAGAUCAGGAAAUCGAUCGCCAAGCUGAAGGAGGACAUUGCGCAACUGAAUUUGGAAGUGGCCCUGCUGGUGCAUGCCCACGAUCAGGACAUUGUGGUGCGGCAGUUGAACGAAAACCAAACCACCGACCUGGCAAACAACCCAUAAAGCAUAUACCCAACUGAUAAGGAACUACUUAGCAUACUGUCAUGUUACCUAUAUG